CCAAAAGAAAGUGUUGAUGUUAAUUACUUCUUCCUGAGUCAGCACCAUAAUUUCAGUGUUUCAAGCAACAAUUUCAAUCUUCAAUCUCAUCCACAUUGUGAACGCAGACUCAUUUACUUUUACCGUUGAGGUCUUCUCCCCUUGCAAUAAUCCAAACUUCCCUAUAUUUGAUCAAAUUCUUGUUGGGUUAUCACAAAGAGACCAACUUCUGAAAACUAUGAUCCUGUCAAAAGAAGAUGCUCUCGUCUUCUUCUUCUCAAUCUUGAUUCUUUCAAUAAUCAAAGCUCAAGCUUCCCCUUGGUGCAACCGUACAUGCGGUUCCAACAAUCUUCCUUACCCUUUUGGAUUCUCCCCUGGUUGCAAAAUCCAAUUAAAUUGCACCAGAAAUGGAGACAUCCUCGUCAAUAAUGAGUUUCCUGUCCAAAAUAUAACCCAUGAUAAAAUAAGAAUCCAUGUUGAACCCAAAUGCAACCGUUCAAUCCAAUCUUUCCGAGAACUAUUUACAAGCAAUUUCGCACCCACGUCGACCAACGCCAUCCUGUUGCACAAGUGCUCCAGCUCCCGGGCUUGCAAUAUAACUACCUUAAAUGUGACGACUCAUUUCGAGUCUUUUAAUUGUUCGAAAGAAAGCCACUUAAGUUGCCUUUUUAAUCUAACUACUGGCCGUGUUGCUGGUUUCUUUGAUAGAAGUAGUCAUGGGCUUGGCAACUGCCAGUCUCUUUUGUCAUCCAUAUCUUUCAACGGCGUGACGUCGUUGGAGAUUCAGGUGAUGGACCUAGGAUGGUGGCUUCAGGGGAAUAAGUGUCACUGUUCUAACCAUGCCAACUGUAGUGGUGUUGUUAUAACUCCUGCUGGACCCGGAUACCGAUGUCAGUGCGAAAAUGGUUUUCACGGUGAUGGAUAUGCAGAUGGUGCCGGCUGCAGAAAAGCCUCUUGCAAUCUAGCAAAUCAUUUGAAUGGGCAAUGCGGAGGAGCGACAAGAAUCACAGUUUUAAUUGGAGGAAUUGCUGCUGGAAUAGCUUUCAUGGUCACCCUUGGUCUGCUGUGCUGUUUCAUUCGAAGACGGUUCACUUCAAAAGCCAAAGGCUUCACAGAACUCCACUUAGCCGAAACUACAGGCAUCCACAUUCCCAUCUACCCCUACAAGGAAAUGGAGACAGCCACAAAUAGUUUCUCAGAGAGACUAAGGCUUGGAACUGGAGCAUAUGGAACAGUUUAUGCUGGUAAACUCCAAAAUGAUUUAUGGGUUGCUAUUAAAAGGAUCAAACAUAGAGAUAGUGACACCAUUGGUCAAGUCAUGAAUGAAAUCAAACUCAUUUCUUCUGUGAAUCACCCGAAUUUAGUUCGCCUCCUGGGUUGCUCUAUAGAGAAUGGUGAACAAAUUCUUGUCUAUGAAUUCAUGCCCAACGGGACAUUGUGCCAGCAUUUACAAAGAGAGAGAGGCGAUGGACUUGCCUGGCCGGUUCGCCUCACUAUUGCUUCUGAAACUGCUCAAGCAAUAGCUCAUCUCCACUCUGCUAUCCACCCCCCAAUAUUUCACAGAGAUAUCAAGUCAAGCAACAUACUUUUAGAUUACAAUAACAGGUCCAAAGUUGCAGAUUUUGGUCUUUCUAGACUUGGCAUAACAGAAAUAUCCCAUAUCUCAACAGCCCCACAGGGAACUCCAGGGUACCUUGAUCCUCAAUACCAUCAGAACUUCCAUCUUUCAGAUAGAAGUGAUGUUUAUAGCUUUGGGGUUGUUCUUGUCGAGAUCAUUACAGCAUUGAAGGUGGUAGACUUUUCCAGGCCCCAAAAUGAAGUGAAUUUGGCUGCUCUUGCUGCAGACAGGAUUGGAAAAGGGAGAUUAGAUGAGAUUAUAGACCCAUUCCUUGAUAUCCACAGUGAUGCUUGGACUCUUAAUUGUGUGCACAGAGUGGCAGAACUAGCAUUUAUGUGCCUGGCAUUUCAGAGAGACAUGAGACCUUCAAUGAUGGAAGUUGCAGCUGAACUAGAGCAAAUAAGGCUAAGUAGAUGGACACCUUCAGAGGAACUAAAUUGCACAUCUUCAUCCAAUGAAACAUGCAGCUCUUCUUCAUCUAAUAUCAGUGAGAAGCCACUCUGCUCCACUGAUAAGAAAGCCCAGGUGGAAAAUAGUAGAAUUCUGUUUGCAGAGGCCAAUAGUGAGAAGUCCAUGGAAAUGGAGAAGGACAAUUCACCUGUUUCUGUGCAAGAUCCAUGGUUGAGUGAACAAAGCCCACUCUCAUGAUCAAGCAGUCGGAUGAAGUUUGAACCAAACAGAACCUAAAUUAUAUUAUAAAGAAUUAGGAACGGCGAUUAGCCGUCAGCAGGACAGGUGUUGGCAUUCUCUUAUUAUAAAGAUCCAUGUAAUUAAUGACUGAAAACUUAUCAUAAUUUUCUUUUUUUUAAAAAAAAAAAUCAUUGAGGCAAAGGUUAA